AUGGCAGAUGUCGAACACAGAACUGACUGGUGGUGCAGUGUGUUUUUGCGCGCUAGAAGGACUACUGUUCCCAGCGGAACGCCAGCUGCGAAGUGCAGGCUGCAGCUGCCACCAAGCAACUUAGCAAACCUGACGCUGCUUGGCAGGUUGCAACGUGGCUGCAGGCUUAUGUGUCACUGGGUGUCUCAGGUGGUGCGUGUCUCUGCACGCCAUUCCUCAAUGAUGCCGGUCCCGGAGCGACGCAAAAAAUGGACUUGGAGGUCCAGCAAGUUGAAGCUUGCUCGCGCCUCGAGAGAUCUUGAGAUGGCAAAUGGCAAACGCAGCGUUGACUGGUGGCACACUUCGUUUUGCCGCUCGCAGGAAAGGCUGUUUUUGGUAGAAUCCAGCUGCCUCGCGUUGGCUUCCAAGCAACUUGGCCACACCGCUGCGCAGGUUGCAGAGUGGCUGCAGGCCCAGGCAAUACUGGAGUGA